AUGACUAUUAAUAAUUAUUUCCAAUUGACAUUUUAUUUGGUAUCUCAAUAUAUGAGUGAAAUAUAUCCUACAUCUCAAGGGUUUAAACAAGUUCAAUUUACUGAUGAUACUAAACUUAAACAAGUGAAAUUAUUUAAAGGUGAAGAACAAUUAUUAAUAUUAAGUUUUACAGAAAUAUCUGAAACUCAAUCAUUAGUUAAUGUAUUAAAUAUUGCUGGUAGAUUAGAUAAUGCAUUAAUUAAUUGGGAAUGGUUUAUUACUGGUAGUAAUGAUUCAAUUAAAUUUCCUAUUGAUGAUGAUAAUAAUAAUAAUAAUAAAGAAAUUCCUCAAGAUUUGAUUGAAAAAUUUAAAACAAAAUUUAGAUUACUUGUUGAUGAUGAAAAAGUUAGUUCUAUUUUCAGUAAUACUUCUUCUAAAGGUCCAAUAAUUGAAGAACAUACCGAUUCAGAAAGUAUUAGAUCACCAACUCCAGAAUUACCAUAUAAUCCACCACCACCACCACCACCACCACAAGCACCAACCUCUGCACAUCCUGAUAAUUCGAUAUUUACAGGAUCAUCUGCUCCCGCUCCUACUACGAAAAGACCUCUGGAUAUGCCUGAUUUUGAUGAUGAAUAUGAAAUUAAAAGUCCACCACCACCAUUAACUAAUCAAUUGGGACGUGGCAACAAUAACAAUGUAGUGCCAUCAAUUGGAUCUGAUGAUUUAAAUCCUCCAGGAAUUCCUCAACAUCCUACAUUAACACCAUUUAUAGAUCCUUUACAAAACUCUCAAAAUCAUCAUCAAGGAAUGUAUCCUGCUUUAGACCAUCCAAUAUUUGGUCAACGACAACAACAACAACAACAAGGUCCUAAUUCAAGAGCUCCACCUGGUGCUAGAUUUGAUGAUCCAUUUGGAGGAAGUUCUUCUGAAGGACCUUUUGGUGGUCCACUGGGUGGUCCUUUUGGUGGUUCACUGGGUGGUCCUUUUGGUGGUUCACUGGGUGGACAUUUCGGUGGUAUUUAA